CGACUAGGAGCAGUAGCUACUUGUGAUACGAGAGUUCCACACAUACACACAGCGCUAGAGCUGCAGUCUGAUGUGUGGUCGCGGUCGGUGAGGACGUGUGAGUUGGUGUAUGUGCUGUUAAAUUGGUAAACAGGGCCAGUGCGAAAAUGAGAUGUUAUACAUAUACUCGCUGAAGCGUACACAUGUCCAUGUAAUACGCACGGACGGACCUGUGAAAUGUGUGACCCUUGUGAAAGGUUCAAGAAGUGAUGGUCGUUGCUUGUGAAGGAUUCGGAAUGAACCUGGUACGGCAGUGUUUAUAGGUAUUUGAAGCAAAUACAGAGUGAAAGCACUGAUUUCCUACAUGAUAAUAUGUGAAGUUGUGAAGGAUCGUGAUUUACGAAAGUAUCUUGGAUGAUGUUCGGUGCAACAGUGAUUUUGAAAAGAUUUGGAACAAUCGUUGUCUAGACCUAGACUGUAUGGCGACUGACAAAUUAUGAAUGACGGACCUCAUGGAGAACAUAUGAAUACCGUAGCUUAGAAUUGUGAGCUGUAUGGGAUGUCGGACUAUUAUGAGAGAGAGUAUAUAUAUAUAUAUAUAUAACUAGGUGUAUUAAGAAAGUGAUAAGGCGUUGCUAUAUAGACUGAUAGGAACAUUAUCUCUCUGUUCUCCGAACUGCUCUUAUCUCCUCUGGGGUCGACACAGCCGCAGUUGUGAUAGAAGCUACACUCUUUCAAGUUUGUGUUCAACAGAGACUGUACCUUUUGUAGUUUUUCGAGAGGAAAUACAUAAUACCCAGAGCAGAAGUGGUUCUUUUUGUGUGAAGUGCUUAAAGAAGAAUUAUAUAUUUGUUACUGACUGUUUGUGUAUACGCUUUAACACUUGUAAUGAGUUACAGCGGCGUUAAUCCAAGUUUGUAACUCCAGUGGUCAUUAUCUGGACUGGAAAGUGCCGUAAAAGUAACGACUAUUAAUCGAAGUGAAAAAAAGAAGGAAGUGUUGCAUUUGGCACGUUCAGAAAUCCCCCCACCACGCCUAAGUUUACUGGCUGUGUAUAGUGAAACACGAAGGCCGUGCGCACUCCACGGUCAUAGGUGAAGAAAGUGAGGUUAUAUUCCUUAGCGAAUCUUGUAUUAGAUCCGUAAAGAACAUUUUAUAUUAUUUGUAACACUUUAAACGAUUUGUGAAAAGGUUUAACAUACGUUUUUUUUCCUUUAUAACAAUUUGAAGUGAAAAAGAAGAGUUCGGGAAAGACAGCUGACGCAUAACGGCGUACUGUUAUUAUAAACACUAACAAAUAUAAUUUGAAAUCAGUCAUAUGGAAAUGUUACAUAGCUUGAACGCGUUGGCAGGCAAGAUUUCGCCCCAGACUGGCACGGACAGCAAUGCCAACAAAGUGAAUGUACCAGCCGGUCACCAUCACAAUCAUCACCACCAUCAUAACAAUAACAACAAUACGCACCCCCAUCCCUACAGCAAGCCACCACCGCCAUCCCCGGCCCCGUAUGAAGAGAAACAGACCAAUGGGACGAGAGGAAGCCCGGAAAUUAGUACGAUGAACAACCCCGUAAACAACAUGAACAACAGCAGCGGCAGUGGUGGCGUCAACAAUUCGGAGCAACCGGACCCCGACUUCAUCAAGAUGUUCGUAGGUCAGAUCCCGCGCUCCAUGGACGAGAAUGAUCUUCGUAAAAUGUUCGAGGAAUUUGGCCGCGUCCACCAGAUCAACGUGCUGAGGGACAAGGUCACCGGCCAGAGUAAAGGAUGCUGUUUCGUGACCUUCUUCACAAGAAAAUCUGCGCUGGACGCUCAAAACGCACUGCACAACAUCAAGACGCUGGCAGGGAUGCAUCAUCCAAUACAGAUGAAACCAGCCGACAGUGAAAACAGAAAUGAGCGGAAGCUGUUCGUGGGAAUGCUGUCGAAGAAGUGCACAGAGAAUGACGUGAGGGUGAUGUUUGGCCCUUUCGGAACAAUAGAGGAGUGCACGGUGCUCAGAGACACUAAUGGACAGAGUAAAGGCUGUGCUUUUGUUACCUACACAUCUAAACAGUGUGCCAUAAAUGCUAUCAAGAACAUGCACCAUUCACAAACAAUGGAGGGAUGUUCAUCACCAUUGGUAGUAAAAUUUGCAGACACACAAAAGGAGAAGGAUCAGAAAAGAUUGCAGCAGAUGCAGGCGAACCUGUGGAACCUUGCGGGAGUCAAUAUGGGGCCACAGUACUUGGCGGGAGAUUCUCACUCUUGCCUUGCGCCUACAUCAUUGCAGCUGCUGCAACAGAUUCAGGCAUCGCAGAGUGCAGCGGCGGCAGCUGGUGCAACGGCAAAUGGGCAGCCAGCUGGUGCAAGUUUGUCAGCGCUAAGUACAAUGCAGCAGCAACUCCUUGUGCAACAGCAGCUUCAAGCCGCGCAGAACUCGGCAGGUCUGUUAGGUCUCCAGAACUUGGCAGCCCUGCAGAAUUCCACCGGCCUCAACCUGAGUGGAUCUACAGGGGGUGCAGCGACUGAAAUCAACCAAACCAACCUCCAGGGACUGGCAACACUGGCAAACCUUUCAGUGGCAAACCCCACUAUUAACCCCAUGAGCAUGCAAAACCUAGUCACGCUAGCAGCCAUGACAGGGGGUAAUGGAGCCAAUCUUCAAGUAUCACCUACUGGAUCCAGUGCAUCUGGGUUAAGUAGUCCAGCCUUAUCUGGUCUAACGAACACCACUGCAGGUAUGUCUCUGCUUGGGAAGGCUGGUAACACAGGGUCACUAGCAGGCCAGGCUUCAGGGGGCAGUUCAUUGAGCCCUGUGACUAGCAUGGCACUGGGUGGGCUAACAGGGUCCCCACUCAAUACCAUUUCUUCCAUCAAUGGGCUGGGCUCCACAGGCCUCACACACAAUGGCACUGGACUUGAUGCACUUACAUCACCUUACUCAGGCAUCCAGCAGUAUGCAGGUUUUACAUCAUUUGGUGGUGGUGGGGGCCACACAGCGGGAGGAGGUCCAGCAGGUUUAACUAACUCCACCUCAGGCUCUGGGGGUCCAGCAGGCAAGCAGAUAGAGGGGCCUGAGGGUGCAAAUCUGUUUAUCUACCACUUGCCUCAGGAGUUCAGUGACAACGAUCUGGCAUCAACGUUCCUGCCAUUUGGCACUGUUGUGUCAGCCAAAGUGUUCAUCGAUAAACAGACCAACCUGUCCAAGUGCUUUGGUUUUGUGUCCUAUGACAACCCUGUAAGUGCACAGGCAGCAAUCCAAGCUAUGAAUGGGUUCCAGAUUGGCACCAAGAGGCUCAAAGUACAGCUCAAACGUUCCAAGGAGGCAUCUAGACCAUACUAGCCUCCAGGGAGGCGUACGUGCGCUCUGUGAUUACCCCCGGACCGACCGUCCUCCAUAACAAAUAGUCAUGUGACUCUUUCAUGUUUGUGCGUCCGAAGACUCAAAACUAGGGCCACCGGGGUGAUGUGGAAUCAUAACAAAUAACAAAAAAGUAAAAACUUGAUAUAGCAGCUUUUUGAUAAUAGUAAAUACCAUAUCAUCAUGAUGUGCAUCAUCCACAGCAGCACUUGGAAGCAGCACACAAGCACGUGAUAGACUGCCUCUUCUCCUGCGUGCUUGAAACAAUGUUUAAAGAAGAAAGUACAGAGUAAUUUUUAUAAUUAAAUAGUUCAACCCUAUAAACAAAUAUGAGAUCCUGUUAAAAAAAAGAGACUUAUGUAAAAAUAAGGCAUUGUCUGUCUCCUGUCUUCAUUGUAAUUUUUCUAUGAAAGAGAACGUAAUUUUCUGUUCAGUUUAUUUUUUCUCACUUGCAAUGUCUAUGGAUACUUUUAUGCAAAUUUUACCAACCAUUCAUCCAUUUUUUUGUAUGUUUUGCCCCCGUUGCUUGUGGAAGAUAUAUCUGUUUCAUUUUGGACGUGGGUUUGGAACUCUGAGGUGAAAUGAUUGAUUAAAAGGCAGUUUGAAAAAUUAAAUAAUAAAAAAGUGAGAAAUGGAUAUAUAGUAUUUGUAUCCAUUCUAGGCAUUUAUGGAUUGACUAAAGUUUAAAAAUAGAUAACUUUCUCAGAAAUGACUGGAUUUGAUUUUUAAUUGUUAUUUCUAAGUGUACAGGUGUUGAAAAGAAAAGGGGGACAGGCCAAAAUAGAAUACAGCUUUAUAGCUGCUUAGCUGUGAGACAAAAGAAGACAAAAAAUUAAUUAUAUUUAUCUAAUUUAUGUAUUGGUUAUUUCACAAAAAUCUGGUUUGCAAUUCUGUUUUACUUAAGUACUGUGCCUUGUUUUUUACAAUAAGUUUUCUGCUAGGGGUAGGAAUCUAAGGCUUGGCACUACAUGGCAUCAUUCCCAAGAUGGAGGAGUGGGACAGACUGUAUUAAUAAUAAUGGUAACUUAUAUUGUGCAAUCAGUUGUUAUGGAACAACCCCAUACCCUUUGCUCGAGGUGACACGUCAUAUAGUGCCAAAGUGACAGAAGCUUUCUUUCGAUAAAUGGCAGUUUCACCUCUGCAGUUCAUUUAGUAGCUGUUCAAAGAAAGAAAAAGUACUUUGUUAUUUGUUUUAAACGUGGAACUUGUUACCAUUCUGUGUAUGGAAGGUAUUUUCCUAGUCCUUCAUGAAUGCACUUUAACUGAGCAUUUGUUGAGUGUUAAGUUCAUUAAAUGUUAAGGGUGGAUAUUGUGCAAGUCUAUGUCCACAUCAAAUCAUAACAUUCAGCCAAAGUGGGAGUCAAAGAGUUACCGAAAGAAUAUAAAAAAUUAUUAUAACCAAAGAUGUGUCUUAAAUGUUUCCGUUGCCAGUUAUGUGUCUGUUAAAAAAAAAGCCCGCUAUUGUUGCGUUGUAUAACCAAAAAUGUUGAUGUACUUAAGGAAAAGCAAACUAGAUGGCACAAGGCACAAAUCAUGUGGAGCACGUUUGAUUUGUUUUUUGUGUUUGUCUACAGUGCUCGUUAAAUCCAAAGCGGGGCAAAAAUAAUCUGUAGUAAUUAAUUUGUAAGUGAGCAAAUGUAUAAUUACAUGUGAUAGGAUAGAUUGUUAUUAUUAAUAUCAUAUAUCUAUACAAAGUUUUGUUCAUUAUUUUCAUUAUAGUGGUGAAUGAAGUUUAUGUUUGUCUUGCAUUGGAGCAAUGCAGGGUGAGCCUAUAAAUGGUGUUACUUUUUGUUUGUUUUUUUUUGUGGGGUGUUGUUCAUACACAUUGAAUUGUUUUCUUUGUUUGCCAUGUUCUAUCAUUGUAGGUGGAAUUGUUAUUGUAGAAAACUGUAGAGAUGCGUUUAAUUUUAUUUUUCUUUCUUGUAAUGUUUUCUUUGUCAGCACACAUGUUUUACGUGUGUAUGUUAAUUUAGAACCUCCCAUUCAUUGGUUUGCCAACAUUGAAUAUUUGUAUAGAUUUAUGACUUGCCUGGAGAAUUAUUUUUUUCAUGUCGUGGAUGACAAUAAGUUAUUUUCUGUGUUGUUGCAUUGUGCACUUAAACUGUUUAAAUGGCAACAAAGCAAAACCAAUGAGCUGGGAGCCUUGGACUCUAUUCCUUCUGUGUUUAACUGUUGUGUUUCAGUCAUGAUGAAACCAGUAAUUUGGGGUAGAAGAAGGGGAAAGGGAUGAACUGUUGUGUCACCCCUCAGGACCCUAGUGUCCUCCUUCUUGGCCAUCAUGUUGCUAGGUCCCUUGAAGGGCUUUAAAAUGGUUUACUGAAGCCAGCUUCCUUGGUGAAGGCACAUAGUAUUGCCAUUAUAUAUAACUGUUUUCUGCUUUGGUUUAAAAUAAGAUAUUUUGCAUUUUUAUGGAUGUGUGUGAAAGGUUUUAAUAACACUUAUCACAGUUUUUGGAAGUUUAAAAUUAUGCCUUUGGCAUUAACAGAGUACACAACAAAUAUUCCAAGGAAGCACUUCACAGAAUGUUAAAACCACAUUUCAUUUGGAACAUGGCCAGUGUAUGUUUGCCAAAUCAUUCAAUAUUUUGUGCUUGAUUGGGAGGUUAAUGUAAUAAUUUUAAUUCUGUCAUAUUUGUUUAUUUUGUAAUGUAUCUAAAUCAGACCUACAGCUGUGUGCAACAAGUCAUAAAUACCUGUUCACAGGUAAUUUUCUUAAAAAAGGUAGAUCAGUGACAUUCAGAAAAGAUCAAAAUUGGGUAAUGUAAAAAAAUGCACAUUAAACAUGCACAAGACUUACAUGGGGAAUUGAUGUUAAGAUAAUUUUUGACACAGAGAGAAAUGUGGGCAUGCAUGCUUCAAGUGGCAAGUACUGAAAGAAAACUGUCUGUUGUCUGUCAUGCACAGAUGUUGUUUAAAAAAUAUAUGGAAAGCAAAUGGUCUACGAAAAUCUCAGGAACAAAAUGUAGUCGCCAUGUUUGUUUCUGUCCACGUGAAAUUAGCACAGCAGCAGUUUGUGUACCUCGCUCGCUCGACCAUGUUUUACUGUUUGAUAUGAUGUGACAAGAAGAGUGCUCACAAUUUGCAACAUGGAAAAGUAGACAAAAUAUUUAGUUUUAAAGAAGAAAACUAUCCACAGCAUGAAACAUCUUUAUACCGUUGUAGCCAAAUAAGUUAGCAUUACAUAUGUGAUUAUUUAUAAUGACUCCUGUGUGUACUGUAAAGGCAGCAUGAGACAGAUUAAAUGAAACCUAUUUUGGAAGUACAUUUGA